AUGGCCGUGCCCAUCUUCUGCAACUCCUGCAUGUGCGAACCCCGCACCCCCACGCCGCGGUUCUGCCUCACCAGCUGCGGCCACGUUUUCUGUGAGGUUUGCCUGCAGAAAGGCAAAAAAGGUGAAUGUCUGGUCUGUAGGAGGGCUUGUCGUACCUUAGUCCUUUCAAAAGAGACAAGUCCUGAUAUUCAGUCACUGUUCAAGCCAAUAGAUGUGUUAAGCAAGAAAUAUUCAAAAGAAAUAUCACAGGUUUCAGAAUUUCAAGAAAGAUUUCAUAAGCGUUUAUUAAAAUACCACAAACAAAAGAUAGCAAAGCUGGAAGAGUCUCUCAAGAAAGUAACGCAACAAAUUCAACAGUUACAAUGUAUGAAACCUCCUGAAAACACUACACCACUGCCAUUUUCCAGUAUGAGCAGAAAUCCUUCCAUUCCUUCAAGAAAACAGAAUGUUUAUUCUUCAUAUUCUCUUCAUUCGAGUCGUCCUUCCACUUCUGAAACGAUGGAGGCAAUGGAAAUUGAUCCUCUACCUUCACCAAUGAGGAGACUGGAGACACCACCUGGUCCAACAAGAUUAUCAGUAAUAACUCCACCACAGGAUGGACGUAUGGGGAGUGUAUCCUACAGGACUUCUCAGAUAGCUCUAAUAAAGCCAAGUCAGAGUAGUGGAACAGGAUCUACAAGAUCCACCCCUGUGCUGAGAUUACCACAUAGUUCUUGUCCAUCAUCAUCUGGAUCCCAGAGCAGUCAAAGGGGAUCAUGGGCUAAUUCUGAUUUCAGAACCCCUCAGCUGUAUCCAUUUACAUCACCUUCCCCACAGCUGCCUCUGUCCAGGCAGCCAAUCACCAUCUCUGGACUUCUGCAAAGACAACAAGGUUGUUUUAUUACUCUUGGAAGUGCCUCACCUUCCCAUAAAAAGCAGAACUCCCUGGGCUCUGUGCACGUGUUGGAGGAGAGCGAGAGUAUUACCAUCAGGCACUUCUGCAGCCUCUGUGCCCAGCAAGGGAUUCCUCCCAAAACUGUGAGCUCUCACAGCAAGGAGGACCAUGCUCCUGGUCCCAGCACACCACCAUGCCCUGGGGGACUGUCCUGCCACACUCCUGGGGCUGUGGAUUCAGUGGGGCCUAAGUGGAUUCAGCAGUGUUGUAGCGCUGCAAAUGAUGUGUGUACUCUGAGACGUGUGGAGAGAUGGUACCAACCUCUUGUGUUCAGUCUAAAAGAAGCUGAAGACGUUUCCUGA